AUGUCUGAGGACAUCUCUCAACACACGGAUAGCGCAAUAUCACCAGCCUAUGAAGUCUAUCGAGAAUCACAGCAGCCCGUCGGUCUCAGUCUCGAUGCCCAGCGUCUAAAGUGGGCUCUCGACGGCCCAUUGUACAGUGCGAUCGAGGUCAUGCAGGGCAUCGGGUAUGACGCCAACAUCGCGACAGAGCCAUAUGGUGACAAGACAGCCUCGAAUACCACUUGGCAUUCGGUGUCUCAAUCGCCCCUCACCGAACCCAAAACUUCCUCCGUCAUCGUUCACAUUGACAUUCUCGAAGACUGGGAGUUCCAAUGGCUCGAAAUGCAUCGCUUCUGUCACGACCCUGAGAAGAAUGGAGAGGACCCCGAUGAGUUUCUCUUCGGAGAGCUUCAAGAUUACAGUUCAGACUUAGACAAGGAGGAGGAACCGCAUCUAUUGAGGUGUUGUCGCGCUAAUCGCCCACGGAAGAAGUGUGAGACGCUCCUCGUCAAGGCCAGUGGCGCGUUCCUUACCAUUCACGACUAUGUCUCGGCGGUUCACCCCUGGUUGCUAAGGCAGCGUGAAGACAUCUUUGGGGCAGAAGGUGACUUGAUGAAGAAUGAGUCUCUGGUGGAAGACACUAAGCUGAUGCCACCUCAAUCUAUCGGCCCCAACGCGCAGCCUCCGCCGACGGGUAGCUGGCCCAAGAGGCAAAUUCAGCCUAUCAUCGGUCAGAUCGAGGAGCCGUUGAUCAAAAAUUCGACCUCUUCCAAGACGUCGACAAAAACGACAACUACUGAAGACCCGCCCGAACCUACGGCAUCUCCGCGCGAAGGCGAUCCAAUGCAGAAUGAAGUCGACUGUUACGGUGGUCUGGAUCAGAAGACGGAGCAUACGCGCAUGGACAGCGCCAUCCACGACUUUUGCAUUGCGAUAGGUAGCUCGGGUGACGUCUUCAAGGAAAAUUACUUCAAGUCGUUAACUUACACAUUCUACCACAGCACGGGAACCGGUGUCCAAAUCCUCAUAUCGCUCAGCGUCGACCCAGGCUGCCAGUUCAAGUAUGACUACGACUUGUGCUACAAAUACCUGGAGGUUCCUGUCAACAGCUGUCAAUGUGGGGGUGUGAACGGGAAGCAGGGUGGGUUUCUGAAUAACGACUGCUACGAGUGGAGGAUUGAUCCGCAAACGACGUUCUAA